AUGAAACAGCUCACUGGCAAUAAUGAAGCUGGAAGCAAGCAGUUUCUGACAGUUUGCUUUGUUUUGCUUUUUCAGGAUGCUUCGUCUGCAGACAUUCGGAAAGCAUAUCGAAAGCUUUCACUGGUUUUACACCCAGACAAGAAUAAAGAUGAAAAUGCAGAGACACAGUUUAGGCAAUUGGUGGCCAUCUAUGAGGUUUUAAAGGAUGAAGAAAGGAGGCAGAGGUAUGAUGAUAUUCUGAUCAAUGGACUACCAGAUUGGCGACAGCCUGUGUUCUACUACAGGCGGGUGAGAAAAAUGAGCAAUGCUGAGCUGGCAUUACUCUUGUUCAUUAUACUCACAGUGGGUCAUUAUGCUGUGGUUUGGUCAAUCUACCUGGAAAAACAGCUGGAUGAACUGCUUAGCAGAAAAAAGAGGGAGAAGAAGAAAAAAACAGGCAGCAGGGGUACAGAUGAAGCCAAACUUGCUGCUCUAGACAAAAAUGAAAGAGUACUGGACAAACCACAGUGGCAUGACUUACUUCCAUGCAAGCUGGGAAUAUGGUUCUGUCUCACUGUGAAAGCUUUACCUCAGCUGUUCCAGGAUGCCAGACAAUUAUAUGUAGAAUAUAAAGAAACAAAAAUGAAGGCGAAAGAAGAUGCCCUGGCUAAGGCUGAACUUGAAACACUUCAGAAGGAGAAGAAGCCUAAAGUCAAGAAACCAAAAUCAGAAUUCCCUGUAUACACAGUUCUGGAGUCAAGUGCAUAUAUACCAUCGUAUGAUCAUGGAGCUUCAAUUGAAGAGAUAGAGGAACAGAUGGAUGACUGGUUGGGAGGCAGGAACAGAACACAGAAAAAAAAGGCACCUGAAUGGACAGAGGAGGACCUCAGCCAGCUGACAAGAAGUAUGGUUAAGUUCCCUGGGGGGACUCCAGGUCGAUGGGAAAAGAUUGCUCACGAAUUGGGUCGAUCAGUGGCAGAUGUUACCAUGAAAGCCAAACAGCUGAAGGAUUCUGUUGCAUAUACACCAGGUAUCAUUAGGCUCUCCGAGCUUAAAACGCUGGCCCAGAAUUCCAAGAAUGCCAAAGUCAACGUGAAUUUGCCAGACCACAUCAUCACCCAGCGAGAAAGGGAGGAGGAAGAGGAGGAGGAGGGGAACUACAAUCAUAUCCCAGAGCAGAUGGAUGUCCAAACGGAUCAAAAGGAGACCACUGCAGGUGAAACUAGACACCGAAGACGAAAAAUUGUCAAAGCACCUGAAAUGACUCUGCCAGCAGCGAAAGAGGCACCGGAAGAGAAGGGCAGGGGAAGGCGCCAGAAGGAUUUUGAUAACACCGAGCAAGAGGAAGAGAGUGAUGAUGAGAGCAGAAAAAGAGAGAAAAGCCGUGCCCCAGAAGAACUGUGGACUCAAAAUCAACAGAAACUUCUUGAAAUGGCCUUGCAGCAGUAUCCAAAGGGAACAUCGGACCGCUGGGAUAAAAUAGCAAAAUGUGUUCCUGGAAAAAACAAGGAGGAUUGUAUAGCAAGAUACAAGCUGCUCGUUGAACUGGUACAAAAGAAAAAAAUGGCUAAAAGCUGAAUGUUCUGAGCAGAAGAGAUGUAGCUCAUCUUUGUCAAAAUGGGGUUUUAAAUCUCAUGUGCAGGAAACUGCAUCUUUGUACCUCAGUAUUUCUAUAAGUCAUGUGCCUUAGUAAAAGAGAAUAUUAAUAAAUCUUAUACCAUCUUA